UUUGGACAGCGCCCUUCACGAAUCAUUUAUGUACCAAAUGGUAUGCCAAACUCCUCUCUUUAACUAUAUAUAAUAUAUAUAGACUCAUGGUUGCAGUUGCAGUCCCAAGCAACUGAAGCAAGUUAAGUCCAACCCAAGCAUUCUCUAAGCAUCUAAUACUUUCUAUUCAAUUCCUUUGAGCAAUUCAAGUCCAAGAAUUCUCUAAGCAUCAAAAAAGAAUUAAGCAUAAUGGGUUUCAGUUUGCGUGGUCUUCAAAGGCGUGUGGAUGUCCCAAAGGGCAGUGUAGCAGUGUAUGUAGGAGAAAGCCAAAAGAAGCGCUUUGUGGUUCCCAUAUCAUACUUGAACCAACCUUCAUUUCUUGAGUUGCUGAGUCAAGCUGAGCAAGAAUUUGGAUUUGAUCAUCCAAUGGGUGGCCUCACACUUCCUUACACAGAAGAAGUCUUCCUGGAUGUCACUUCUCGCUUGCACAGGCGAUAAGAUGCUCAAGAUAUAUGCAACUGUCAAUAUUUAUCAACUAAUUAAUUGUGUAGAAGUUACAAAAUCUUAUCAUGUAUACUUUUUGUUCUUCCGGAAAGAUGUACUCUAACAUAGAAUUCUAUGAAUACAAGAUUAACAGAGAGCCUUCUUUUAAUA